AUAAUACAUUUAACCGUUUUUUUUUGAUAAUAUUAAAAUUGCGAGUUUUAUAAUAUUAGUUGGUUCAGAAAUUCAAUUCUAUCUAUCUGAACACUGCGAAUUCAUCAGACUACUUAGAUCCAUCUUGUCGUUGUAACUUCCAUGUUUUAUAUUUUCUGUUGAAGUUGUUUGCUAUGGCUGACACAGAGUUUUAUAUUUAUACGGACCGAAAUAAGUUGCGGACGCCUUGCACAUCAACAAUCACAACAGAAUACAGGGUUGGAGAACUACUGAAAACCAAAGAAUUGAAACCAUUUAUUAAAGCAUUUAAAGAGGAAUUGGAAGUGGAUGGUUUGCAGUCAAUAUUUAAAAAUUUCGACAAACUUUUUUCAGUGAUUGAAUUUAUUGAACAGAUUGACUAUUUGUAUCUGCAUGACUUUUAUGAAAAUAUUCUUUUAAGGAGUUUAAAUAUUAUUGGAUCUUUUUUUUUAAGUUAUGAAGAUAUUGAAGACAUUCCACUGGAUAUAAAGCACCAACUUAAAAAUAUUAUAAAAAUGUCUGUUUACCUUUUUGUUGAAUUUGUUCAGAGUUUUUUUCAAAAAAUUGAAACUGAUUAUAAAUUAAUUUUACUUGAAACAAAAGGAAGAAAUAAAAAGCAAGAUAUGAUUCAAAAACAUAUUUCUGAUUAUGGUUGGGACUGGGAAGAUAAAUUGAGUGCUGGGAUAAAGGCAAUUAAUAGUAUUUUCAUAAAUAAUAUAACUCAAUUAAAUGAUCCACCUUAUGUCGACCAUACUUUAAUUUCAUACAUAGCUUCAUGUUGUUAUGUUCUGUUAGAAAAUCCUAGUAUAGCUUUUGUACGAACUAAACAUUUGAGAAACAGCAUUAUGCAAUUACUGAUUGUUCUUAUUACUGACUAUAGCCAUAGUCAGAAUUUCAAAACCAAAGUAGUUCAAUUGUUGAAAUUAUUUGAACACCUGUCAUUACUUUUUGCCAAAAUUGUAAUACAAGUUGUCAAAUCUAAAGAAGGACGAUGUUCUUUAAUUGAACUAAUUGUUAAAGAAAUUGCUGAAACAGGAAAAUUAGAAGGUAUUAAAGAGUCAAAUAAUCAGGAAGUAACUGGUGGUAAAUCAUGCUGUGCUUUUCUUGUGGAAAUUGCCAAACAUUGUCCUAAAAUUGUAUUACCAAAUAUUGAACAUCUGCUUCCAUGCUUAGAAUCUGAUCCAUAUACUAUGAGAAUAUGUGUUCUAAGUGUUUUAAAAGAAAUUAUCUGUCAUGUUUUGAGUAAUGAUGAGGUAGAUGAACUUGAAAAAAAAACAAGAGAUAAAUAUUUAUCAAUCUUACAAGAUCAUUUAUUAGAUACUAAUGCAUUUGUUAGGUCUAAGACAUUACAGUUAUUUAUUGCCUUAAUAAAUGAAAACUGUUUACCAAAAUACAAGUUUAUAUCAAUAUUAAAUUGUGCCAAUGAAAAAUUACAUGAUAAAAGUUCAUAUGUUACCAAAAGUGCUGUUCAAUUAAUAAAAACAUUAAUCAAAUUAAAUCCAUAUAGUUGUGAUUUUACGGAAAACAUUUUACAAGAAAAAUUAGAAGAAGAAAAAUUAUCUUUAAAUAAUUUGAAACAAGCACUAGAAGAAAAAUUAAAAGACACGCUUCCUGAUGAUGAAAUGUGGUCAUUAAUUGAACCACCAUUAAAAUUGUUUUUAGCAGAAAAUAUUGAAGAUAUUCUCAAUGAACCUAACAUAGAAGAACAUGUAUUGAAGAUAGUAGACUUGCCUGAAAUUUUAAAUAAAAUUAAACGUUUAAUCACUCUUCAUAAAUUUAAAUUGGCUUCAAAAUUCCUAUUACAUGGAAGAGCAACAUUCAAGGAUGAACCCCUAUUCAUAUUACAAGAUAAAGAAAACUUAUCAGAAUAUUUUUUUAUACUACUUAAAAAUAUUUGGUGGAGUGAAAAAUUGAAAAUAAAGAACAAUCCAGAAAUUGAAAAUUUAACUGCAGAAGAGUUAAGUCAUAAAAUAUUUUCAGUAGAAUCUAGGAUUACAUACCUUCAGGAAUGUGCUGAGUAUUCUAAUACUAUAAAAACAACAUUAAUUACAAUAAAUCAAUUAAUGUUUGGGAAUACUAGUUCAGAAUCAUUAGAAGCUAUUGACUUUUUUGCUACAGCUCAUCUGUUUGGUGUACCUAAUACUCAAUUUGCAAUUGAUUCUAUGCUUGCAUUGAUGUAUUCAUCAGAUACAAAUAUUAAAGAAGCUAUGAUGAACACUUACAAAAAAAUCUAUCUGGAUGUUGAAGAAAAUAAGGAUUCCUCAGAUAUACAAGCUGUAACUAAUAAUAUAUAUUAGUAAUAAAUCACAAUAAUGUUUUAUAAUUUUUACUUCUAGGUUAUGAUGAAAAUUUUAAAUUUAGUAAAAUCAUUAAAUGUUAAUUAUAUAAAUGCAUUUAAAAUUUUGCUUGACGAAUGGAUUAAAAAUAAAACAUUAAAUGAUGAUUGCAUUAUGAUAUUAUGGGCAUGGCUUACUAAAAUUGUUAAUAUUUCUCAAGAAGAUCGCAUAGUUGUUACUUUUCUUUUAUCAUUACUUGCCAGUGUAAAACCUUGCAUUGCACAAUCAAACUUAGACAGUCUCAUUCAAUAUGGGCUAUGUGAUGACUAUAAUAUAUUUAUCAACACAUGUCAAAUAUUGAAACAAAUCUCUGAUGAUGAUUUUAUUAGAUUAAGAGAAAAUCAUGAAAUAGUGAAUCAGAUAUUUAGUGUAACCUUAAAAUGUUAUAAAGAAAGUGAUUUUCAAAUGUUCAGUCAAGUUGCUUCAAAUGCUGUUAUUAUAAUUUAUAAAUUGACAACCAAACCAGAUUGUACUUGUAUGAUGCUGAUUGAAAAAUGUUUCAAGUUAACUCAGAUUAACAAAAAUGAUUCUUCCAUACAAGAAGGAAAAGUUAUGACUUUGGAUAUUAAUUUAUUUGCAAAAUUUAUUUUCAUCAUUGGGCACAUAGCAUUAGAACACCAUAAUUAUUUGGAAAAUUAUGUUGCAAAUGAAUUAAUUCGACGUGUAAAAGCUAAAUAUGAAGCUAAAAAAUUAAAAACUCAAAAAAAUAACGAUGAAAAUGUGCAUGAUUCGGAAGCUAUUGAAAUUGAAGCUAUAAAUGAUGAAAUUCGUAAUAUAUGCGAUAGACAUAUUGUAUCUGGAAAUGGAAUGUUAUCUAAAUUUUCAGAACAUGUUUUAAAUUCAUGCAAGUCAAAUAAUUUGCAACUGAGAGCAAGUGCUAUUAUUACUCUGGUGAAGUUUCUAUCGGUUUCUACUACAUUUUGUCAAAAAAAUUUGCCAUUAUUUAUACACCUCAUUGAAAAUUCAGAUGAUUCGGAAACAAGUAUUGAUCUCAUUACUGGGUUUGGCUUGUUGGUUUUUAAGCAUCCAAAUUUAUUGGAACCAUAUACUGAUAAACUUUUUGGGCGAUUGAAUGAUAAAGAUAAUAAAGUUCGUUAUAGUGCUUUAAUAACUAUUGUAGAUCUUUUACGUCAAGAAAUUAUUAAAGUAAGAGGUCAGAUUGCUGGUAUUGCCAAAUUACUUGUUGAUGAAAAUGAUAAAAUUAAAUAUACAGCUAGACAAUUAUUUGAGGUUUUUGCAGAAAAAGGAAAUACUCUUUACAAUGUUUUAUCUGAUAUUAUUUCAAUAUUAACAAAUCCAGAAGACAUGAUUAAAGAAAAUGACUUUCAGGAAAUCAUGAAAUUUUUACUCCCUUUGGUUAACAAAGAACGUCAAAUUGAAUCUAUAAUUGACAAAUUAUGUAUGAGGCUAAAAGAAUCUAAUAAUGAUGAGCAAGAAUAUUAUAUAUCUUACUGUUUACUGCUUUUCAAGUACACAGAUAAAAGCUUAACUAAGCUUUCAGACAACUUGUCUUAUUACAGUGAAAAAUUAAGGAAUCCUAAAGUUUACAAUAAUUUUAAUAUACUUAUUAGUACAAAUUCUAGAUUAGCAAAACCAACAACUAAAGAAAUAUUAUCUGAAUUAACUGAUAAAAUUGAAAAAAUAGUACAAUAUGAAGAUUUUACUGUUCCAUUGUCACAAAAAUCACCUAAAAAACGUACAAAUACAGAGAAAAAAAGGACUGUUAAAAGCACUGUUAAGAAAUAUACAGGUGAUGAAAUAGAGCCAUUGCAAACAGCAACAAGAGUUAGUUCUCGUUCCAAAGUAAAAAGGAAGCUAUUGAAUGAUAAUAAGGUAGAAGAAAACAAUGAUGAUUGUGACAAUUGACACAAAUUAACAAACAAAAUAACAAACAAAAUAAUUUUAAAAUUAAUUAUUAU